AUGGCAUUGAAGUUUGCAAAUGAAGAAGAAGCGAAGAAUGUUAAACAGACGCAGGAUAGCUUAUGGAAAUCAGAUAGCAUGCCGAAAUGUUAUGAUUUUGAUGAAGAAAUAAAAACCAGCUUGAAUGUACACGCAUUAUCCCAUUUACCAGAUCGUAGCAAAGGCAAUGUAGUUGCUACUCAGCAUGAGAGUAGCCUCUUCUCAAGUUCUCUGUCGGAGUUGUUUAGCAGGAAAUUGAGAUUAUCAAAUAAUGCUUUAUAUGGUCAUUCUGUUGACACUGUUGCUUCCCAAUACGAGGAAGAGAGACUUUUUGACUCUCUUGAAGAACUCGAGGCUCAAAUUAUUGGAAAUCUACUCCCCAGUGAUGAUGAUUUACUUUCUGGAGUGACAAAUGAGCUUGAGCUUGACCACAUCAUCCAAGACAGCUCUGGUGACGACAUGGAUGAACUAGACCUUUUCAGUAGUGUUGGAGGGAUGGAUUUAGGAGAUGACAAAAGUCCAUCUUUUGGACAAAAGAAUUCUGAAAUCCUCGAUGGAGCUUGUAACAGUCAACUAGGGCUGUGUAGUGCCUCAAUUGCUGGUGAACAGCCUUACGAUAAACACCCUUCUAGAACAUUGGUUGUGAGAAACAUUAAUAUUGAUGUUGAAGAUUCUGAGUUGAAAUCUCUUUUUGAGAGCUUAAGUGGAUACGUGGACUGUGCCUGUAAGCAACACGGGGUUUUUGUGAUAUCAUAUUAUGAUAUCAGAGCAGCCCAAAAUGCAAUGAGAACACACCAGAAUAGACAACUUAGCUACAGGAAGUUUGAUGUUCAUUAUUCAAAUCCGAAGGAUAGUCCUUCCAAGAAAGAUAUGAAUCAGGACACUCUUGCGGUCUUUUUGUAUGAUUCAUCUGUUUCGAAUAAUGAGCUUCAUCGUAUAUUUAAUGAAUAUGGAGAAAUCAAGGAGAUUCGUAAAAACCCACAUGAUCAACAUAACAAGUUGAUUGAAUAUUAUGAUGUUAGAGCAGCAGAGGCAGCUCUCCAUGCUUUAAAUAGAGAUGAUAGUAUCAGGAAGAGGCUAAAGGUUGAGCCAAGCCUAUCUGAAGACUCAAAACGGAGUAGGGUUCAACAGAUCCAUUCAGUACAUGAACUGAAAGAAAGUAGCUUUUAUCUGCAUCAGAACAGCCCUGCUCUUACGUCACCAACUAACUUCCUCGGUUUGCAUGGGACUUGUAAAUCUGAUAAGAUGGAUGGUGGAAAAAUUCUUGGUGUUGAGCCUGCUACAUGCACACCAUCUGUGGAAACUGCUUUUGUUCAUGGAGUCUCUUCAAGUGUUCCCAACUCUUUACCAUCAGUGGUCAGACUUAAAUCAGUUGACAACAGAUGUGAAGAUACUGAAUCUGAUUCACCAGGCCAGUUGAAUUUUGAUGUUCAAGAUGCAUCAGCUUUUCAUCCCCAUUCCCUUCCAGAACUUCAUGAUGGUUUAGCUAACAGUGUUCGCCGUAUUCCUCCUGAGGUGGCAGCAAGCAUCAAUCUUAGCACACGGGAAAGAAUAGAAACCAUGCAGUUCUGUCCAGUAAACUCCAAUGGACGCUUCAAGGAAUUCAAUGAAUGUGUUUUCAAAUCCUCUGGUAAUGGAAGCUUCCCUCUUCCUGGCUAUCAUUACAAAUGUGGCAACUCCUAUCAGCCUCCUGAAAUGAUGUGGUCAAAUUCACCUUCAUAUUUUGAUGGAGUAUGUGCAGCCCCCACCCUGCCAAGAUUGCAUGGACUUCCUAGGUCACCAUCUCAUAUGAUGACCACUGUUUUACCCAUAAAUAGCCACCAACAUAUGCCUUCAGCUCCUUUUUGGGACAGAAGACAUACCUAUGCAGGGGAAUCUCUUGGAAAUAUGCAAUUUUCUGGUGAUACAACAACACACUGUGUAGACUUUGUUUCUUAUAAUUUCUUUCCCCAUUUUGGGGGAAACUGUGUUGACUUUCGAAUCCUCCCGAAGAAUCUUGGACUCCAUUUUCAUAACCCAAAGGACCUAACGUUUCCUGGAAGAAACCAUAUGAUUACUUCAUUUGAGACUCACAAACAACGUACUAGAAACCGGAGAAAUGAAGGUGUGUCAAACUUGGCUGACAAGAAACAGUAUGAACUUGAUAUUGACCGCAUAAAGAGAGGGGAAGAUGACCGAACAACACUUAUGAUAAAGAACAUUCCUAACAAACUUGGUAGUAUACAUCCAAGAUGCUGUUGGCUGCAAUUGAUGAACGCCAUAGAGGAACCUAUGAUUUUGUUUACCUACCAAUUGAUUUCAGGGCAAAACAAAUGCAAUGUGGGGUAUGCAUUCAUCAACAUAAUCAAUCCCGACUUGAUUAUACCAUUCUAUCAGGUGUUCAAUGGAAAGAAGUGGGAGAAAUUCAACAGUGAGAAAGUGGCAUCACUAGCAUAUGCUCGUAUACAAGGAAAAGCAGCACUCAUUGCUCACUUCCAAAAUUCAAGCUUGAUGAACGAGGAUAAGCGCUGCAGGCCUAUCCUCUUCAACACUGAUGGCCCUAAUGCUGGUGACCAGGUUCCUUUCCCGGUAGGCACAAAUAUUCGCAACAAAGCUGGAAGAGUGAGAAACAACACUCAGGAGGAUAGCCUCCAAGGGAGUCAGCCUAAUUUGGGAAACAGCAGCCUCUCAUCUGAUGGAGACAGUCAUUCAUUGGAGUCAGACUGA